CCUUCAUUCAAUGGGAUGUUGCAACCAUCUCUGCGUCUAUAACAGCUGAUUUAACAAAGUGAAAGUCAUUAAAACUAAACACAGUGAAACAAAAAUUUGUGUUGUAAAAAUCAACAUGUUGUGGGUAUUUAUCAGCGUUUUAGCUGCCUAUUAUGUUUACGAGAAAAUUUAUAAACCUAGUUUGUAUUGGACAAAGCGAGGUGUUUUUCAUUCGAAGCCAUGGGUUCGUUUUUUCAAGACUUUUAUACGAAGAAAAGCCAUUGCUGAGACUGUGAAGGAAGCCUACGAUUUAUACCCAGACAGAAGGUAUUUUGGGAGUUUCCAAUUCCUCUACCCAUCACUAUUCCUUCGCGACAUCGACCUAAUAAAGAAAGUCACAGUCAAAGAUUUCGAACAUUUCCCCGACCAUUUGCUGGUGUUUAACAACGAUAAUGACCCUCUGACAAACUCGAGCCUUUUCGCUUUAAAGGGAGAAAAAUGGAAGAACAUGAGGGCCACUCUAAGCCCAGCAUUCACAAGCAGCAAAAUGAAGUCCAUGUUCAUCCUGAUGAACGAAAUAGCGGAAAAUUAUGUGAAGAAUUUGGGAAGAAAUGAGGAAAAAUUAAAGGAGAUUGAGAUGAAAGAUUUGUUUUCAAAGUACACUACCGAUAUUAUAGCUACAUGUGCUUUUGGGAUUGACGUGGACUCUUUGGAAAAUGACCAAAAUGAUUUUUUCUUCAUGGGGAAAGCUAUUACAAAGACCACCAUUUUAGGGGCACUGAAGGCUGUGUGUAUAGGUUUUUUUCCAAAAAUAACUGGAUAUUUUGGAUUACGCGUAUUCCCAAGCAAAGUAACUGACUUCUUUUCUCAAACAAUGAAAGAAACAAUCGCCUACAGAGAAAAACAAAACAUAGUGCGUCCCGAUAUGGUGCAUUUACUAUUGGAGGCAAGAAGAGGAAAUUUGAAGAUCGAAGAUAAGGAAAACGUCCCCGAAACUGGAUUUGCCACGGUUAAAGAAUCUUAUGGCAUCAAGAGCAGUGGAAAAAUUGAAAUUACAGAUGAUUUGAUGACCGGGCAAGCGUUGAUUUUUUUCUUUGCAGGGUUUGAAACGGGUUCGACCGUUAUGAGCUUUUUGUCGUAUGAGCUGGCGUUAAAUACAGAAAUACAGUCAAAACUCCAGCAAGAAAUAGAUGAAGCAAUGCAAAAAUGCAAUGACAACAUAACCUACGAAGAGAUAUUAUCCCUAAAGUACCUAGACCAAGUGAUAUCCGAAACCCUCAGAAAAUAUCCACCAGGUUUCGCACUAAACAGGCAAUGCACCAAAAACUAUAAAAUAGAAGCAAAACUGGAACACGAAAAUGACCUGAUCGUAGAAAAAGGCUGUUCCAUCGUGAUCCCAGUCUUUGCCAUACAUAGGGACCCACAGUUUUUUCCCGAACCAGACAAAUUUGAACCCGAUAGGUUCAGUGAGGAAAAUAAGGGAAAUAUUUUGGCAGGAACUUACAUGCCUUUUGGAAGUGGACCAAGAAACUGUAUAGCUUCCAGGUUUGCUCUCCUAGAAACCAAAGCUCUAAUGGUUCAGAUAUUUUCAAAAUUUGAAGUGUAUCCCAUAGAAAAAACAUCAAUUCCUUUAAAACUAGCCAAAACCCAAAUGCUUGGCUCAGCUGAUGGAUUUUGGUUGGGUUUGAGAAAAAGAAAUGAUAAGUAAAUCUUGUUGCUUGAUUAGUUCGAUAAAUAUGACAUACAAAAACAUUUUUGAACAAGUACUUAUUUUUUCUAAAGCUUUUUCAGUUUGAAAUAUCAAAAUAUAGAAA